UGUUUUCAGUACAAAGCAAAAGCGAGUUGUGUCAAGAUUUUACAUUUUCUUUUUAGAUUUAAUCGCAAUAAAUUUUGUAAUCUAGUUAACAGUCUGAUUAGUGUUGUGAUGUGUGUAUCAAGUGAUAUAGUGGUUAUCAUUGAUAAUAAGUUAGUUUUAGUGCAGUGAAAUGGCAAAAAAGUCAGAGAAUACCGGCGGAAAGCUGGUAACAGUAUCUGUUGUGGGAUUAUCUGGCACUGAAAAGGAGAAAGGGCAGCUGGGAGUCGGCAAGUCCUGCCUUUGCAACAGAUUCGUCAGGACUCAUGCCGACGAUUACAAUGUGGACCACAUUUCCGUCUUAAGUCAGUCCGACUUCAGCGGUCGCGUGGUCAACAACGACCACUUUCUGUACUGGGGCAGCGUCCCGAAGGAAUACGAUGAACAGGAGUACAGGUUCGAGAUCAUCGAGCAGACGGAGUUCGUUGAUGAUGCGUGCUUUCAGCCGUUUAAAGUGGGCAAAACCGAAGCGUACGUGAAACGAUGCGUAGCCACCAAGAUCCAGUCGGCGGAGAAGCUCAUGUACGUGUGCAAGAACCAGCUGGGCAUAGAGAAGGAGUACGAGCAGAAACUGAUGCCGGACGGGAAGUUGUCUGUGGACGGGUUCCUCUGUGUCUAUGACGUCAGUCUGGUGCCCGGACGAAGUUGGGAGAAACAGAACGAAACCCUAGCAGCGAUCCUGCAAAACAUUCUCAAGCUGAAAAAGCCCGUAGUCCUCGUAACGUCCAAGAAUGACGAGGCUUGCGAGCAAGGUGUCCGCGAGGCGGAGAGGCUGGUGCAGAGGAAGGAGUUCAAGGGAGCCAUCCCCCUCGUGGAGUCUUCCAGCCACGACAACGUCAACGUAGACCAGGCGUUCUUCUUGCUGGCACAGAUGGUUGACAAGUCCAAGGCUAGGAUAAAGGUUGCAAAUUACGCCGAAGCCCUGAGAAUAAGGAGGGAGACCCUGGACUUUGUCACCGAGGCCUUCACCCAGCUCAUCAGAAUACACGUGCAGGAUCACAAGGAGAUGUGGUCGUCAGUCAGCAAGAGAUUAUGUCAUUAUCCAGAGUGGAUCAAGUUCGUACAACAGUUUGGAAAUGAUGGCACUCAGGUCGUAUUCCGUCGUCACAUCAGGAGACUGAAGGAGGAGAGAUCGGCGAAGAAGCUCCGCAAACAGCUGGCCAAGUUGCCACAAGUGCUGGCUAGAAUGCAGCUACCCACCGAGGAUUUGCAGGAGAAUGACUGGCCGAUGGUGGUGCGCCAACUCCGUUCCCACCGAGACUUCUCAGUAUAUUUCAGCAUGGCGCGCGCCCGGGACUCCGCUUCUUCAGCGUGUUCUGACCUGGAUAGUCCACUCGGGACCGAUACUACAUUGAGAGUGGGCGAGAGGGCUAGAUAUCAGACUCUCGGCCAAUCGCAGAAGAUACCUUACGAAAUACUCGAGAGCAACGAAGCGGCCGCGGUCUUCAAAACUUUCUUACACGAAGCGCAAGAGGAGCAGAGGAAUUACGAAUGGUGCCAACAAUUCAAACGCCUCCUGGAAGAGACCGGCUACGUCACGCCCGGGAAACAGCUGUCCGAAGUCAGGGUGUUGCUCAUGGGCCGGGAGUGCUACGAGGCCUUGACGGACGAGCAGCAGCAGAGAGUGUACGAUCAGCACCAGAGGCAGAUACAGAAGCGGGCUAAACAUAACUUACAGGAAUUGCUAUUAGAACACGCAGAUCUGUUCUACCACUUCAAAAGCAUCUCGCCCACGGGAACCGUCACUCAGGAGGACAUCAAAGAGAUAACAGAUGUCCUGCAGGAUGAUUUUAGAUACAAAAUGUUAGACCGCAUGGAGCAAGACCGCAAACUGAUGCUGUUCCAACACCUGGGCUUCGUGCACUGCCCCAUGCGGGAGCACUGUCCCGCCGCCGCCAAGUGUCUGGACGCCACCUUGCCCGUCAUACUCAACACCAAAGUUGGAUCUCUAACAUCGAUGGGCGAGUCUCAGUGCCACGCUGGUCCGCCCGCCGCGCCCUGGGCCCUCACCACGGACUCUAAUCAAAUCAAUGUCAUUAUACUUGGUGUGGAAGGAAUAGCGGGCGAGUUUGGCAAGCGUCUAUUAGCCGGUUGCGAUUCUGAGCGGCGAAUCAUGAUAUCCAAUCAACAAUGGCGUGUAGAACAGCGCGUGCGAACUGACGACUUCACCGCUACGGAGAACACGUCCAUAGAUGACUUCGCAGCCAAUGGUUACCUGUGCGUGUACCAAGAUCAGGAGUCGUUCGAAUACAUCAGGGGGUGCACCGAGAAGACUUUACUCACCAGUCUGGAACAAGAGGACAAACAACCGUUUCAGGGUCUACCUCUGGUAGUGAUCUUUGUACAAGACGAAGGCAUGGACAAGAAGGAGAUCGUGCGGCUACAAGAGGAGGGACAGAAUCUUGCUGACAAUCUACAUUGUUCCUACAUGGAAGCGUCAGUCAGUGAGUUAGGAACCGAAGCGCUGACCGCCGACGCUAUACAGGAGUUAAUCAGGGCGAACAGGGAGAAAGCGAGCUACGCGCAUCUUUAUAAAGAUCUUAUUGUGUGCUUCGAUUCUGAUAUCAAAAUAAUGGUGUGCAUGUUUUGCGACGAUCCGUAUUCUCCGGAGCGAGUGCUGAGUCCGUUACUAUCGCAUCGUGCUUGUUUCUUGACCGGUGAUCGCUCUAUAGUUAUCGAGACUUUCUUGGGAGACUCUAAGAGGAAGGUUGAGGUUAUAAUAUCGAGUUUCCACGGCGCCACGCAGUUUAGGGAGGAACUAAUACACGGUUUCAUAUUGAUCUAUUCCGCUAAAAGAAAAGCUAGUCUCGCUACAUUAAACGCAUUCUCAAUGAACAUUCCAAAUCUCCCCAUACAAAUGGUCGCCGUGACCGAUGGCGGUAACUCGGCCGCGACAUUCUUCGGCACGGACGUGGGCCACGCUCUCAUCACCGAAGGAAAUGCUACUGCGGACAAGCUGAACGCUCACUUCACCACGUAUACCUGCAGCGGCGAGAACAAGUCGGCGUUCUACACGCCGUUCUUCAAAGAGGUGUGGGAGCGCAAGGGGGAGAUCGAGCGCGCGUUCCGGCUGGAGGCGCCGCCCGCCAACCUGCCCGACGUGGCCGCCGCGCGCCCCGCGCUGCCGCCGCGCGCGCCCGCCCCCCGGAUGGAGCACAAACUAACAAACUCGCUGGAUCUACUCAUCGGGCCCGACUCCAGAGAGAUAGAUUCCGAGUACAGCGACACUAUGAACAAUAAGAAUAGAGGCUUUCUGAAAGGAUUUAGCGUGUACCCGCCGCCCAGCACUCCGCCCGAACCAGCGCCCCCCGACCAUCGCAUGCACGCUGAUCUAUCACACGGCGGAGGCCUGUGGCAGCCGGCCAGCUACGGGCACCGCGCCUUCACCAUGGGCCCCAGCAAGCCGCUCCCGCCGCCGCAGAGGCCCAGGCACGCCCAGACUUUGAAGCAACCUGGCAAAUUAGACAUGAACAACUACACCAUGGUCAGCGACGCGCUUCAGCACAUCACAAUCGGGCCGCCGCAUUCCAACAGAGACAGAAAGUCGCAGAGGUCCGGCUGGUCGCACGGCGGCGGCCAACAAACCCACCACCACCCGUCCGGCGUCAGUUCAGAGACAGAACUUGACGUGCAGUACGCACAGAUAAAGGAACCCAACGAAUACAUGGAGGCGCCAUCUAUGAUGCGAUUGCGGCGACACCGGCGGCACGAAAAAGCUCCUUUACAUCAGCCAUCCCUCUCAGAAACGGACAGUUCCGGUUCUAGUUCCGCGUCGGCCGGCGGCGGCGCUAGUGCUGCGCGGAUACACAGGAGGCGGCACAACGCUAGGCAUUAUAAGAAACGGUCCUUAGGCAAUCUAGUCGCAGUUCAAAGCCCGCGGGUGCCGAAAUUGGGAAUGUUCGUGGGCCCGCCAGAACUUCCCACCGGCUACAGAGCGAGAACGCAAGAGGACAAAGCGAGCGAGUCCAGCGAAGGCAGCUCCGACGGCGAGGGGCGGAGGCCGAGACCGCUGCCCCCGCCGCCGCAUCACGAGCCCCCGCACAAGUUACUCGGCGAAUACCCGUCCUCGGCCCAGGAUAACUCUUCAUCGAGCGCGGCCGACUCUAGGCGAAGACAUCCGUUCUCCAAGCACGACCGGAGGCAUAAGGAAUUCUCAAAGAGCAAAGACUCGAAGAAGAACUCGCAGCAAAAUGCACAGGCAGCACAAAACUGGGCGCCGCAGGGUUCACACGGAGUGCCUUUGUUCGUGGAGAAGUGCGUGGAGUUCAUAGAGCGAGAGGGACUGUCCUCGGAGGGACUGUAUCGUGUGCCUGGCAACAGGGCGCAUGUAGAUAUGUUGUUCUCCAAGUUUUAUGAAGAUCCCAACGUUGACCUGGAUUCCUUGGACAUCCCGGUGAACGCGGUGGCCACAGCUUUGAAAGACUUCUUCUCGAAGAAGAUGCCGCCGCUGCUGGAUGAAGCUAGCAUGGCUCAGCUCGAAGACAUUGCGGCGAUGCGCGGCUGCAUCGCCGGCGGCGUGGAGCUGAAGGACCGCAGCUGGCGGCUGCUGGCGCUGCGGCAGCUGCUCAACACGCAGCUGGCGGCCGGCGCGCGCGCCACGCUCGACCUGCUGCUCGCGCACUUCGCCAGGGUGGCGGACAACUCGAAACUGAACUCUAUGGACAGCAAGAACUUGGCGAUAUGCUGGUGGCCGACCCUGCUCCCCGUUCAUUUCUCGGACAUGGGCCGGUUCGAGAUGACGCGGCCGUAUCUCGAGGACAUCGUGCAGACAAUGAUCGACCAGCACCCGUUCCUGUUCCGCGGGCAGGAGGCGUUCGUCAUGGUGUGAGGGCAAUGUGAACCCACAAUGCAGGUUGCAUUUGUGAUGGAUGACGUGUGACGUCACAAGGCGCGGGCAUCGCCAACGCUAAACACACGCGACUAUCGACCCUCUGUGGUAUGUCAUAAGUGUCAUUAUGGCUCGCGGACAUUAUGCUAGAACGAACCGUUUCAGUGUUAACUCGUUACAUAUUACGUCAAAGUCGUUCCAAAUAAUGAUGACUAGUAAUUUUAUAUGCGUAAGUUUUGAAUAUGCGUUUUAGAUAAUAAAAAAAAACAAAUACUGUUUUCCGAGAUUUCCUCUUAAGAUUUGGCAGUUUAAAUUUAAAAGAGGCUAUGAGAUAAUUUUGUAAUUUUUAUUUUUAUUUAUUCAGAGGUGUAAAAAAAUAAAAGUUUGUUAUUUUAUACGGUUUUCCUCAUAUCAAUUCGGAAAUCAUAUUUUUCAAAUGUGAAAUUUUUAAGUUGAUUUUCUAUAAAAAUAAAAGCAGUAUUUUAAAACUUGAAGUUAUAUCUGCAUCGUAAUAGGAUAAGAAAAUUCGUGCACAAAAAGUAUUUAACGGUAUAAAAUGUUCUAAAAUAAGUAUUAUUGGUAACAUUUGUAUUUAUAAUAAUGGCAACACCACGUAUGCACAUUCCGUUCAGUCGAUAUGUAUAAUUGUUAAUUAGUGUUAUAUUUAAUCGUUGUUUUGUAGCGCAUAAAAGCUAGCAAUUAUUUUAUAGUAACACAAUUGCAAUGGGGCGCGCGAAGAGUAUUUUCGGUUAUAUUAUGUAUACAAAAUAGGUAUACAUGGAUUCAACAUGGCGUAAUAGUUUCGAGACGCCAUCUUUUUUUGGACACUAGUCUGUAGCGAAAAAAGGUAAAGAUUAAUCCAUGAGACUAUAUUAUUCCGCCAAUCAAAGUGGUCUGUUAUAUUCGUGGUGGAUUAAUUUCAUCGCCCAACUUCAAAAAAAAAUUGAAAACCUCAGAAACAAACCAUAGAUAAUAUAUAUUUAGCUAUAAAAAUUAUGCAACAAUCGUGUCCCGUCGUUUUAUUCGGCUCCAGUAAAAAACUGGAGAAAACUAAACGUAGAUUAUUUAUCGGAAGAAUAGUCUACCGAUUUAUAGAAAUAAAACAAAAUCUACAAUUUUUAUACCUGUUUUGUAUACGUCGGUGAAUUAUGAAGUGAGAUUAAAUAGCGAUUCGUCAUUCCCAAUGAAUGAACACCUCACUUGUUGUAAGCGUGUAUGAAAUGUUCUUUUUUUUUUACAUUUGCACAUAUGCACAGUGAAAUUUUAUUUCUUGAGAUUAUUUCUUAUACGUAUUUAAGAUAAUGUAGCAUCACAAUUUUAUUCUACGCACUAACGAUCUCUUGUAACAAAAGUAAUGUUUUAUUUAUAUUUGACCGUAUGUCAUAUUUGGCAGCUUUUUUCUUGAGACUGAUUGCUGUUUUUUGUUCACGUAAUGCAAACCGCACAUCAGAUUGUAAAUUAGAAAAAAUGUUGCCGUCACUCUUUUUUCGCGUUUUAAAUUUUUAAUAUGAUGUCUAAAAUACUUGAUAUAUUUGUCCCGAAUAACUAGACAAAUUAAUGUUUGACAACAUGUAGAUUACAGCAAGAUACCAAAGCCUUUGGAAUCGCCAUUGGUAAUGGUGGCUUUUUAAAUGAAUGCUAGAUAAUUUUCAAAUCCGUAAGAAUCACUGUUGGCCGGAGGUCAUUGUGGCCGAGGGUAAAAACACGUAUGAUGACAGAGAGAAUGGAUUGAAAUAAGAAAUGAUUCUUGUUUCAAAACCCAACAAUUAUUUUCGUUCAAAACCCUAUUAACGAUAUAUCCCUUUAUGGAUGGAAUAAGAGUAACGCAACAUUUUCGAUAAAACAUGAAAUGGCCUAUUUGUACUAAGUGUUUAUGCAUAGACUGAUGUAGUGUGUACUGUGACGUCAAGUAGAUUUAACGCAGAUCGUCUUUACUCAUAGAAAUCGUUGUUGGUAUGUCAAUUCAAACAGAUCUUUAAUGAUAACUCUAAAAACCAAGGGUCCGGUAAAGACAGCAUCAUACUGUCGUAUGAUUUAGCAAUAGAGGUAUUAUUGAUCGGACCUUAUGGAAUUUACAACCUAAACAUCCAAUUCAAUAGUAAUUUUUAACAUGAAUAUCUAAUUCCAUUUCUUUUAAUUGUUCCAUUAUAAAUACGGGUAUUUAUAUAUAACUGUUUGACAAAAUGAACCUCUGAAAACGACUUCGAUUUUUAUUAGUAAACAUGACACAAUUUAUGCCAUUACGAUCCUUUUGCCAAUAAUAUGUAAGUCGAGUAUGCUUUGUGAACUUUUCAAUGUUAUGUAUACUCAUUGUAAUCUUAAAGUAUUAUUGAACGUCGAUUAUGUGAAAAAUGAUACUCAAAUUGAGCAAGGAAGCUUAGUUUUUGUAUAUUUAUGUACUGAGCAUCAUGUAGAAAAUUUUCUUUUGUAAGUAAAGAAUCUCCGGAAAGUGCAUUAUUUUGCAAAAAUGCUUCAUUUUUGUUUUAUUGUAUAUUAGAAAUCAAUUAUCACAAGAAUUUGCAGUGCAAUUUUGUAACGUAUGUAAUGUACAAUGAGCUUUUUUAAGUUACGCUACGAAAUUCCAAUGGAUUUGUGUUAGUUUUAAAAGCAGCAAAAAAUGAAAUCAAUGUAACUAUUUAUAAGUAUAUUUAAUUAAUAUAUUAGAUGUCUCCAUUUAAGCAUAGGUAAGUAUUCGCGUAAGAUUCAAUCGAUAUUAUUACGUCAUAGCACGUGCGAAGUACAGUGAGCGAAAUAGAGAAGCAUACCGCCGUCUUAUCGAAGUAUACUUUUCUAUGUUGCUCGCUGUACAGUGGAGACAAAGAGAUCGGAACUUGAAAGUCGCUUUUGAUAGUGGGUCUCUUUUCUUUGCCCUCCACUGUCCACAUGCAUGCGUGCACGUAACGCAAAAUAUCAUGUCCAUUAGGGGAAUGAUGCGAGGGAUUUUUUUACAUUUUACUAUAAAUCGAAAAAGACAUAGAGCCUACCUGUGUUUUUUUUUUAAUUUAUCUUUUCUAGAAAUUUCCGCUCUCCUUGGAUCUCAAACGGAAUUGUUGUACACCACCGUUCUGGUAUUUCCCCUAAUGAUUUUUUAAACGUAAUUUCUAUAUAAAUACUUAUUCGAUGUAAAUAUUGUACAUUUAUUCAUUUUAUUUUUUUGCGUAAUUUAUUUAUUGAAUUUUAUUUUUUUAUGGGAAGGAUUUAUAGCCAUAUUUUUGUUAUUGCAAUAUGAUUUGUCGAGUGUUUUCCUUUUUAUAUUUUUAAGCACAUUCUGUUGUUUUUUUAUAAAUGCGAUGUGCCAUUAUUUUCGAUAACGCAAAGUGAUUUUGGUGAUUCCUAAACUUGAAGUUUGUAAGCAUUGGUUUUUAUCUGAUUUUCUUUUUCUAGUAGGUUUCUCGAAUGUUCUAAAGUAGAAUCAAUGUACGCUUGGUUGACUGAGGUCUCGGUGGCAAGAUGGCGUCACAACAGUUGUAAAAUAAAUGUCGCUAGAUGACGGUUUGGUAAUUUUUCGCUUGUAUAGGAUAAAAUCUAGGCGGAUAGUGAGAAAUGGAAGUCCAAAGUCUGCCUAUCCCUAUGGGAAACGUGCGUGAUAUGUAUGGAUAGUGAGACUUAGGUAUUUUCGCGGGAGUUUUUGGCCUUUAAUGUUAUUGAUAGGAUUGUGGAAGGUAAUACGCUAGGUGCAACGAUUUUUAUGAACUACGAAACAUUAAAUUAUACUUUUUUUCAGAUUUGUUUAAUGAAUUUUAUCCCUUUUCCAAAAAAAGAUUUAUUUAUUGUUAUAAUAAUAGUGAUGUGUGCAUUAUAAAAACCUGUAAAAUGUAAGAACGUGUAAGCUCAUCAUUUCAAGCAAUAUUAAGCACUAAAAUUUUACAAGUAAGGUUAAAUUUUGCUUGAACUCGUUCGAACUAUAGUAAUUUGAGUGUAAUUUGUAAUGGCGCCCUGAAAAAUGUUGAAAGCAAACAAAGAAGUUAUGUAUAAAUUGUAAUGUUUAAUACCUCUAUUUCAACGAAGAUAUAUUUGUUGAUUUUAUUUAGGUUCUUACAAAAUACAACUAUUCUUUUAACGAUAAAAUUUGGUCAAAAAGUGGUUAUUAAGAAUAACCAUUUCAAAGAUUUUUCUAUAUUCCCGACAAAAUUGUACUGUAUGCCAAGGAAAUAAAGUAUAUAAACAAUAUUUACUCAAUCUAAACACAAACUAAUUAUUAUUGAUUUGUAUCUUGAUCUAAAUGCUUUUCGAGCUGUUUUUCUCUUUUUUUAUAUAUACAUAGUAGUGUGAUGAAUGUUGUGAUAUGACGCUGGCGCGGCGCCGUCACCGCCUCAGUCGACGAAUCCAUUUGCUAUGUGCGUGUCGAUUACUGUACAACACAGUUCAAAGGAAUGUGUCAUAUUUUAUAAUAAAUAACCAUAUAUGUAAC